UUUUGUUCGCGCUAUUCUGCAUUAUUCUGGUGAUGGGGACUUGGUACGCGCGAACAUUUAGCCUCCUAACCAUUGGAUCAAUUGAUGUUAAAAGAAAUCCCAUACCCUUGGCUGGAUUCGAGAAAGCAAUCAGGGAGCUCAUAUUUUUCUAUUGCUUUAGAAAAUUCACCAAAAGCCCAAUGGAGUCAUAUAUUCGGGGGCUUGAGAAGGCUUAUAAUUUUCAAAAUUUGGAUAUUUCGUCGAACUGUGAAUACAUAAUAGUUGUUGUUUUCGUUUAAUUAAAGGAUUUAUAUUGCCAAUUAAGUUAUGAAUUUAAGGAUUGUAAAACGCUUAUUCUUCAAAUUAGGGGAACCUUGCUUUUUUCUUAUAUAGUCAUGUAAAGCAACCAACAACCAGAAUAAAUUCUAAUUCGCAAUUAUUACAAAUUUUUACAGCCUAUUACACACAUUUCCAUUGAAAAAGUGUCUUGUUCAAUUAUUUUUUGAUAUUUUCUAACGCAUUUAAGCAAGCCUAUUAAUUUUAAUUUUUUUUUUGGUUAGAGGCCCACUUACAGGUGUCAUCACAGGCCAAGAAAUGAGUACCUAAUACUUUUAUUUUUUAUAACACCUACCAGUAUUAUUAAAAUACCAUUUAUGUAUACUUUUGUUUUUGUUUUUUUUUUUUUUAAUCCUUUUUAUGAAUUUAUUCUAUGGUUUAUAUUUCGCAUAAUUAAGGCGAAGGUGAAUUAUAUUUUUUAAUUAAAUUUGACACCAAAAGUGAUCCAUUACAUUCCUAGGACCAUACACCAUACAUAUUUUAUAAAGUUUAAAAAUUAUGUAUAACUAGCUAAUGACCCGCUGCGUUGCCAGCGUGUAAAUACAUUUUGAAAUAAUACACUUCUUUUCAAAUUUUGUUGUUGAUUUUCUAUUUAAUUUUUUUUUUUAAAUCCGAUAUCAGAGUCGCUUGCCAGUGAGUUCAGUGACGCAUUUUAAGCACUCCAGAGCUGCUCUAGAGCGCCCCG